CGCGCGUCGCCCCGCGGAGGUGCCCGGCAGCGGGAGGGCUGGGGGAGUGUGGGGUGUUCUCUCCGGGGCACGGACCGCCAGCCCGGGCAGUCUCCGGUGCUUGCUGGCUCCCCGUAAAGCCCGGUACUCGGUGCCCCGGCGGCAGCGCCCGCUCCGCCGCCCGCCCGGCAUCUCUUCAGCGACCCGGCUGAGGUCCAGGCCCUGCGCCGGAAUCUGCUCGCCUGGUACGACCGAUGCAAGCGGGACCUUCCCUGGAGGGCUCUGGCAGCGACGGAGCCGGAUGCCGACAGACGGGGAUAUGCAGUGUGGGUGUCCGAGAUCAUGCUCCAGCAGACACAGGUGGCUACGGUGAUCGACUACUACACCCGCUGGAUGCAGAAGUGGCCAACGCUGCAGGCUCUGGCACAGGCGUCCCUGGAGGAGGUGAACGAGCUCUGGGCUGGGCUUGGCUACUACUCCAGAGGGAAGCGUCUGCAGGAAGCAGCAAGGAAGGUGGUGUCUGAGCUGGCUGGCCGGAUGCCCAGGACGGCCGAGGACCUGCAGAAGCUGCUGCCGGGCGUGGGCCGAUACACGGCGGGAGCCAUUGCAUCCAUCUCCUACGGACAGGCUACAGGAGUUGUGGAUGGGAAUGUGAUCCGGGUCCUGUGCCGCCUGCGAUGCGUUGGUGCCGACUCCAGCAGCCCGGCUGUCAUCGACCGGCUCUGGGACAUGGCCAAUGUCCUGGUGGACAGGAGUCGCCCAGGGGAUUUUAACCAAGCCUUGAUGGAGCUUGGGGCAACUGUGUGUGUGCCCAAAUCCCCACUGUGUGGGGAGUGCCCGGUGAAGCAGCACUGCCAAGCAUGGCGCAGAGUGGAGAAGGAGCUGGCCUUUGCCUCUCAGAAGCUGCUUGGAAAAGCCCCCCCAGUGCCUGAUGUUGAGGACUGUGGUGUUGGGGACUGUCCCCUGUGCCCCCCAGCCACGGAGCCGUGGGACAGCAGCCUGGGGGUGACCAACUUUCCCCGGAAAGCAGCGAAGAAGCCGCCGCGGGUGAUGCGGACGGCCACGUGUGUGCUGGAGCGGAGGGGCUGCCACGGGGCCCCAGAAUACCUCAUUGUGCAGAGACCCAGCUCAGGUCUCCUGGCUGGACUCUGGGAGUUCCCAAGUCUCCUGCUGGCUCAAGAUCUGCAGGAGGAGAAGGAGAGGGAGGAGCUGGCUGAUCACCUCCAGGCCUGGAUAGGGCGGCCCGUGGCAGCAGCAGGCCUGCAGUUUAUUGGAGAGGUCAUCCACGUCUUCUCCCACAUCCACCAGACGUACGUGGUCUACUCCCUGCACCUAGAUGGGGAUGUGACCCUGGACCCUGCCUUGUCCCCAUCCCGCUGGGUGACAGAGGAUGAGUUCCAUACCUCGGCCGUGUCCACAGCCAUGAAGAAGGUGCUGAAAGCUCAUGAGAAGCAGUGCAGGAAGGAGAGCAGCCCUGUCAAGGGCUCCAAGCGGAAGCGGGGGGCAAAAGCACAGGGAGCAGGCAGCCCCUGCCCUGGGACACAGCUCUCCAUCCACGCCUUUCUCCGGGCACCGACGGGCCCGUGAGGCACUGACCUUCCUCGUGUGAGAUACCAGAGCCUUCACUGGGCUCAGUCCUGCCCAGGGCCUGGCAGUGCUGUCCCUGUGCUGUAGCAAGCCCAGGACAUGGCACUACAAUGGUUUCUCACUCUUCCUUUCCCCUGCCUCCCCCGUGGGCAUUGUGCCUGGUGCCACUGGUCCUGGUUUAAUCCUGGAGCCAGACUUGCCCUCCCUCCUUGGAUGGAGCCCUCCUGGUGCUACUCAGCCCCAUACUGCCACCACUUUGGCACUGGGGACUCAGGGCAGCAGGGGUUUCUCUGCAGCAGUGGGAGCCACAUGGCUCCUGCAGCCCUGUCCCCUGCCUGCAUCUCAUGCCCCAGCCAGUGACUGGGGCUGCUGCUGUACCCUCCCUUGUUUUUACUGGACCUGAAAAUAAAUUUUAAGUGCGUGGG